UCUCUCUCUCUCUCUUCUCUCUCUCUCUCUCUCUCUCUCUCAGAGAUUAAGGAAAAUAAUUUUAAAAAAAAUUCUGUGUUUUCUUCUUAAUGCGGUUUGGGGUUUCUGUGAACCAAGGCUUACCAAAAGGGGAGUUUUUUUUUUCCAACUUUCUCGAAGAAAUUACGAGUGAAAAAGGGACUUCUCUCUUGUUUUUUCUGGUGGGUUUUUAAUCCUUGUUUAAAAUGGUUUUGUUUUGUGAGAUUUUCUUCCGGGAAAAAGGGAAUUUAGACGAAGGCGAGUGGGAGAAAGAAAGAUAGCAAUCAAUAAUAGUUUUCCAAAGUUAAGCCUAAAGAAAUCAACUCUAACGGGUCAAUCUUUACAGAAGAAGAAGAAGAAGAAGAAGAAGAAGAAGAAGAGGAUCUUCUGGGUCAUCGAGGAAUCAUGCCUGCGACCAUAAUAAGUGACCCAGCACGUCUGGUUUCCGCACCUGCACUGGAAGUAGCAGUAGUGACAGUGGUUAACCAACCGGUUCAGGUGCCGACUAAUCUCGCCGCCGAUGAAACCGAACCGGUUACAUGCGACUGUUGCGGGUUAACGGAGGAGUGCACAAAAUCAUACACCGACACAGUUCGUGAACGUCACAUGGGCAAAUGGAUCUGCGGACUUUGCGCAGAAGCUGUGAAGUACGAGGUUGUAAGGGCAGAGAGACUUAUAACUACAGAGGACGCCAUGACUAGGCACAUGAACACGUGCAACAAGUUCAAGUCUUCGAGUCCUCCGUCGAAUCCGGCCGUUCAUUUGAUCUCUGCAAUGAGACAGAUCUUGAGAAGAGGCUUCGAUUCUCCGAGGAUGCUUUGUCCGAUGCCGAGUAGUCCGUCUAAGGAAGACGGCGAUUGUUCGACGGUUUUGUUGUCUAGGUCCGAGAGCUGUUUUGCAACUUUGACAAGCUCGUAAAGGGAAAACCGGUUUCGGUUUAGAUUGGUUUCAGCUCGGUCUUUGGCAAACCGGAUUUCUGUGAUGAGGUCUAUUAUGGAUGUGGAGUGGGCCAUGUUGUCCUGAAUUUUGUGGAAUGAAUGUUAUUAUGAAAGAAUAAUUUUUUUGGUCCUUUGUAUUGAGAUUUUGAUACUUUCUUCUGAACU